CCCGCCCUCCUCCUCCUCCUCCGGUCUAUCUGUCUGGUAGGCGGCUCCGCCAAGUCUGCUCCGCGCUGUCGCGGGACCUGGAAGGUGAGCGCGGAGCAGCAGGUCGAAGCUGAGCCACGGACCCCCCCUGGGGACAGAACAGGCGGCUGUCAAGAGCUGUCAAUCCUACUUUACUCAGUAAAGUUAGACCUAUUGCAUCUGUUGGAGCUUAUUUCCAGAUGGAAGCAGGAGUUGGAUUUAAGCUUCUUCAGUUAGUUUAGGUUCCCAGUUAUAAUUCUGUGAAAGUUAGCCUCUCCGUAACAAACCUGAGCCGUGUGUGGAACUGGAGCACCUGAUAGAGCAGUGAUAACACCAUGGAAAUCAGUUUACUGAAGACUGCAAUGGAACGAUUUGACGUGAAGCCACCUCCCUCUCGGAGCCGUUCUAAAACCGCUUUGUAUGUGACUCCUCAGGAUCGCGUUACUGAAUUUGGCAGUGAACUGUAUGAAGAUGGGGGGAAACUGUACUGCACAUUCUGCAAUGUGGUCCUGAAUCAUGUUCGCAAGUCCGCCAUCAAUGACCAUCUGAAAUCCAAAACGCACACCAAACGCAGGGAGUUUGAGGAGCAAACCGUCAGGAAGAAACCACGAACUCUGACUGCCUCUUUGCAGUGCAACAGCGCAGCCCCGACAGAGAAGCCCGGUGUUGUCCAGGACUUUGUAAAAAUGUUUCUGGAAGCUAGCAUUCCCCUUGAGAAGGCUGAUCACCCAGCUGUGCGAGCUUUCCUCUCUCGCCACGUGAAGAAUGGGAACUCCAUACCCAAGGCAGACCAGCUAAGAAAAACCUACUUGCCUGAUGGGUAUUCACACCAGCUUCUCAAGUCUGAAGACCACUGAGUGGAGGAGGCCACUUGGUUCUAAGUGUGGAGUAUUAACAGUUGCAUAGCAGUGACGUGGUUUAUUUUUAUAUUCAUGCACAUGCAAUGUUAUGUAAUGGUUUUUGUAUUGUAAAAUGACAAUCUAUUGCAAAA